CUGCUUUAAGUAUGAACAAACAUCUGCAAUUUCAUAAAACAAACUGAGUAGUUUUCAUAUUUUCUCUUCAGUAGAUGGACACCAUACAGUAAACCUGUUUUCCUACUUCACUCUAACCCCUUGCAACAACUAUAUGCCCUAGCGCUGAAGCAAUUGAUCGCUUAAUAAUCAGAAACUAAUUUCAGUCAUUUUUCAAGCUAAAAACACUCGAUAUUCUCUGGUUUCAGCAUAACAAAGGGAAGGAUUUGAUGCUCUGCUGUGUAUGUGAUAGUAAACUGAAGGGUUUUUGCACUGUUCCAGUAAAACAAUAUGAAUAUAUUUUCCCUAUUUUCAGACAUUAAUCAAGAAAUCGCAACAACAAAAAAAAUCCCGAUGACGUCUAGCUUGAAGCUUGUGGUGCAAUCUAUGGUUACUGACUGACUCUUUAACUUGAACAACCAGCUCAGGCAGUAUGUACAGCUCAUGGUAUUCAGUUAGAUCACUGCUUCAAUCAUGUGGCAUAUUCCUUUACUCUUACUGAUUCUUCCCUCGAGGGAAGAUGAAGACAAAGGACUUGGGAAAACCCCUCUCUUGUCCCCUCCCUUCACCUGUCUGUGACUGUAUAAAUAUCUGGCCUGACCAAACACUUUCACUAGACUUUUUUCUCCCACAAACAGCAUCUGAUCACCUGACUGGAAGGCUUUCUUUUUGACUUUGAGCAGAAACCAUAAGGACCAACACCAACGCAUCAAGAUGGCAAAGAUCGUAAUUGCGAUUAUUGCAAUUGUUGCAUCUUUCAUGAUGGCGGAGUCCCUGAUCUGCAGGAAAUGCACCUACGGUCUGGGGACCUUCUGCCCAUCCAGCUCUGAUGAGACCUGCCCCACCAGCAACUACGUCUGCUUUAAUGGGACAAUAAGUUUCUCAGGAUUUUCCUCUUUGGGCAUCAAAAGCCAGGGGUGUCGUUUCCCUACUGGCUGCAACUCUACCGUCACCAGCACCCUGCUUGGUCUCAGAUACACAAGCACAAUCAGCUGUUGCUCAACAGACAGAUGCGCCAACGCCGCCCCAUCCACCAAGAUGACCCUCACUGCCGUUAUUGGUGUAGCCGCCUUGGCCUCCAUGUGGUCUACCAUUAUGUAAUAUGCCUAAUGCCAGACCACUAAAAACAGCUGUAGCCAGCUGCUCCUGAAGUCCAUUUGUACUAUCAUAAAUUAUCCAGGAGAGGUCUACAAGACCGAAAGCACAGAAAUAAACUCUCUGGAUCACAUGAGUUUAUAAGUAUGAUUCUCUAUAUGCUCUUGUGCUGUGACACUCUUCAGUUUUCAUAACUCAGGUCUUGUCAUGUAAGGGGUUAAUUUUUAAUAAUGAUAAGUCCAAAGCUGCGGUCCACACUCGUGGAAGUUGAUCAAUGGAAUGUUUCAGGGAAACAUUGAGUUCAUAAAUCUUACAGGCUGGUUGGUUUGCUUUGGUUUUUAAAAAUCUUUUUGUAUUUACCCUUAUGAACUACUUUGUGUCUUACUUUACACAUUGAUGUGAAAAUAAAGAAAAUCUUGGAAAAUGA